GGCGCCGGCCGCUCCUGGCACCAUGGAUGAUGCCGCGGUGCUGAGGAAGAAGGGCUACAUCGUGGGCAUCAACCUGGGCAAGGGCUCCUACGCCAAAGUCAAGUCCGCCUACUCGGAGCGCCUCAAGUUCAACGUGGCGGUCAAGAUCAUCGACCGCAAGAAGACGCCCACGGACUUUGUGGAGAGAUUCCUUCCCCGGGAGAUGGACAUCCUGGCAACCGUCAACCACCGCUCCAUCAUCAAGACCUACGAGAUCUUCGAGACCUCCGACGGCCGCAUCUACAUCGUCAUGGAGCUCGGGGUCCAGGGCGACCUCCUCGAGUUCAUCAAGUGCCGCGGGGCCCUGCAGGAGGACGUGGCCCGCAAGAUGUUCCGGCAGCUGUCCUCGGCCGUCAAGUACUGCCACGACCUGGACGUCGUCCACCGAGACCUCAAGUGCGAGAACCUGCUCCUCGACAAGGACUUCAACAUCAAGCUGUCCGACUUCGGCUUCUCCAAGCGCUGCCCGCGGGACGGCAGCGGCCGCCUGGCGCUGAGCAAGACCUUCUGCGGGUCGGCGGCGUACGCGGCCCCCGAGGUGCUGCAGGGCGUCCCCUACCAGCCCAAGGUGUACGACGUCUGGAGCCUGGGCGUCAUCCUCUACAUCAUGGUCUGCGGCUCCAUGCCCUACGACGACUCGGACAUCAAGAGGAUGCUGCGCGUCCAGAAGGAGCACCGCGUGGACUUCCCGCGCUCCAAGCACCUCACGGGCGAGUGCAAGGACCUCAUCUACCGCAUGCUGCAGCCGGACGUCAGCCGGCGGCUGCACAUCGAUGAGAUCCUCAGCCACGCGUGGCUGCAGCUCCCCAAGCCCAAGGCCACGUCUUCAGCUUCCUUCAAGAGGGAAGGCGAGGGCAAGUACCGGGCCAAGUGCACACCGGACACCCGGCCAGGCUCGCGGCCCGAGCACCGGCCCGACCACCAGCUGGGGGCCAAGACCCAGCCCCGGCUGCUGGCGGUGCCCGAGAGCGAGGACAGGACAGAGGACCGGCUGGCCGAGACCUCCAGGGCGAAGGACCACCCAGUCUCCGGAGCCGAGGUGGGGAAGGCGAGCACCUAGCGGUGCGGAGGGCCUGGGGGGCGUGGCGCAGGGAGCGCCCCUGAGCUCAGUAGGAGGUAGCAGCGGAAGAAGGCACAGGUGCAAGAACGAGUAAAAUCCGUCAAUUAAACCUCUAUUUUGAUUACGUUCUAUUAGCUUUCUUCCACUUAGUAGCAAAGACGUGAAAUCCUGACCACAAAUAAACCACAGAGUGUAU